GUAUUCCUGAGUGUGGAACAAAGUUAAAAUUUCAAAAAAAAUUAGCGUUUAACCAUCACUAAAAAAAAGGAAUCCACAUAAUUCUGAUGUGAAUUUUCCCAUUAAUUGUAAAUUCUCUCUUUAAGUAAUGAACUUGAUUCUGAGGAUGGAAGAGUUGUGUGGGAAGAGAUGGGCUCGGUGUUGCCCUGAGUAUAAAGUAUAUCUUGCAGUAUUUCAAGCCCACAAAUGUUUAAGCACUUUAAUUUAAGAGUAGUUUCACUUUUGGGGGAAAGAUAGGAUUUUGACAUACCUCGGGGGUUUAAAACCAUAGGUUGCUGUGAGCUUAUGUGAAAAGUUAAACAUCUCAUUUUUACAGCAACAACUCCAUAAAGGACUGGUCCUUCACACAUGCUCUGACAAAUUAGGUUUAAAAUGAAUGAUAUGGAAUUAAAUGAAAGGGAAUUUCACUCUUUCACUAUUAAAAUUUUCAAGAUAAGAAUUGGAAGGUUUGCAGGUUCAAAAGAAUACCCAAUCUCAUUUUCUUAGGUUCACACUUGUCUGAUUCCAUAACUUUGAAAUGGGAUGGGUUUGGUUUUCAUUUGCAUCAUGUUUUCUAUAAACUGAUAUUAAAAUAAACCAAACCUUUUUUAAAGUUUAAAAAGAGUUAUAACAAUAAUGAAUGUAGUCAAUAUCUGGAACUGCAGUAACGUUACUAUGCUUAAUGCUGAAUAACCUUUUGGACAUGAAUUUAAACUUAAUUUUCUCUCCCAAAAUAUCCAAAUAAAGGAAACUUCAUGAGAUCUUUUUUGUACCUUGUCAAAAUUGGAUCACUCUUUUCGCAAAGUGCUUCUUCCACAGAUUGCCAUCCACUACUUUUUUUUGGCAUUAAGUCCAUAAGAAAAGCAAGAAAGUUUGUGAGACAGUUUUUAAUAUCUGAAAAUGUAUUAUUUAGAUCAGUGUUUAACAGCAAUUAAAUGCUUCUCUUCUGUUUGUAUCCAAAAAUUAGCUUUAAUUCUUUGCAUGUGUGGUAGGUAGAGAAUAUAGGCUUUUUAAGACUGAGUUACUCAAGGCUAUUACAGCUGGGCAAAGGAACAAAGGGAUGUAAGAGUCAUCUGCCAGAGCCACAUCAGCCACAUCGUGACCACAUCAGUACUCUGGGGCCUUUCUUUGGCCCACAGUCUCUGGACCAUGAUAAUGAAAUCCUAGGUGGUGCUGGAUUUCAAAGUGUUUCUGAAGGGAAAGAAUUUACUUUAUGUUGCUCUUUUAAGGUCUGUGUAAGUACUUUGAUCAAUAUUGUGUAAUUUACUAUGACCUUGUUUUAUCCUCAGACAGUUUUCCGCUGCAAAACUGUUCAAAAGUUUCUUUCCUAGCUCUAGUGACUGCUGGAGCCCACUGCAAAUCUGUUCAGCUAUGUGUGUAUUGGUACAUCGUGCUGGAAUGGAGAUUUCUGGUUUUGCUGUAGGCUUCUCUCUCACUAGCACAUGGACAGUGGGAUGAGUUCUUUUCCUGUUCCCCAAAACAGAACAGAGGGAGAAGUACAUUCCUACAUUCCUACAUCUCUGCAUCUGCAGCCCAUAGACUGCAACAAGAGAUCACAGGCAAGUCAGAUCCUUUUCUCCAAGGAUAAUGCUGUGACUAUUUAUUUCUCUUAUAUGCAUUGGGCUAGUAUAAGAAUGAUAGCAUGUCCCUACAUAGAAGCCAAGUGCUUUUCUUCAUCAAAAAACACUAGUUGCCUUAAUCAGCAGAGUUGUAACUUUGAAUCUAGCAAAAAUUAAGCUAAGCUAAGCAUUUCUCCUCCUGUGCAUAGCUAGUAUAGUAAAUAGUAGUAAGUAAAAAUUAUGUUUCACCUGAGAAAAAAAAUCAAUAAAUUUUUGCUUUUAAUGUAUAGGAUUAUCUAAUAAUAGCAUGUUGCUGCUUUCAUUAGCACUACUUUGUGAGUGUCUUAAAGAAUCCUUACUCUACUUCCAGAUUUCUGUCGAAAAUGCUGUUUAGCGAUUCCCUAGUUAAAACUGUAUUAGCUCUAUUCUAAAUACACAGAGGGCCAGUAGCUAAAGGCUUUUAACAUUUUUUAAGUAAGCAUACAAAUUUUUUUCUACAAGCUUUUUUGAGCUCUCCCUUCUUUGUUGUAUCUUGAAAAGGUACAUUAUUGCUACUUUUGGAAAAGAUGACAAAUAACAAAGCUGUUGGUAAAGUACUCUAAUAUACCUAGUUACAUACCUUUGGCAUCCCACUGAAUGAAUCUCCUGAUCUGGUCCAUGAGGCCGUGCUGAUUUCCGUAAGGAAAGGAUGGAUAAGAAGCUGCCUUACCACUGUGAUCACUGCUAGGUAAUGGCUUUUAUAGAACACUAAAUGGGAGGUGAUUCUCAAUGACACAUGGGACUGGGUAAUUUACCUGCUGGGGUUGCUAUGUUUUGCCUUUUAUUAACACAGUCUGCAAUGUGAAGGAGAUAAUUCUGAUUACAGGAUCAGAUGUACACCUUUAUAUACAUUUCAAUUACUUAUUAUGCUUAUAGUCACACAAGUGCAUUGGGUAUUGUAUCACCUUACAAAUUUCUUUCACAUAUUUUCCUUCUGUUUUAGAAAAGCCUAUGAUCUUUGCUAAAAUACUGUGCUGUUCAGAACUAAAUAGCUUCUCUUGAGAUAAAUAAGAACCCCCUUCCUGGUCUGGAGAGCAGUAAAAUGUCUCUCACUAGAUUACUAGCAGGAACAGGAUGCAGUUUAUCCACACUUUGAAUGGCUGUCUUCAUAACCAGCUCCAGACUUCUUGUUCUUGUAGACAUUUCAGCAAAAAUGAGCUGUUACUUCUAAGAACUAACCCUGUAGGCAAGGAUGAAUACACACAGGGUCAAUCAUUCCAGUAAGGCCUUAUGCAAAAGUACAGACGCUGCUUUUUUUGUUAAUGUGCAAAAUUAUCUUGUUUGAAAUUUAUUUCAAGAAAAGAGCUGAACAUCUAAUAAAAGUGAAUACUAGAAGAUUCAAACGUGGGAUGUACUUCAUUAACACUUUAGGAAAAAAUAAUUAAAAAGCCCCCUCACAUUCUCUUUCUGAUUUCUUUACUUCUUUCCCUCUGUUGUCCUGUUGGUCAACUACAGAAUUCUUGGGUUAGUGUAUCAGCUUGGGUUCUUGGUGCCUCACUGCCUGGUCAUUUGCUAGUUUCUGGCUGUGUUGUUAAUGCUACAAGCAACAAGGUAAAGCACUGAACUCCAUUUAAUUAUUCCUGGCUGACAAGUUUCUGUACUCUACUGCUUGGAAUUCCCAGCUUAAUUUAUCACUGUUGCCUCACUGGUGGGACUCUGCCAGGACAAGUUUUGCACAGCACUUGUGUUGACACAAGCAGUUUUUUUAAGCUGUUUGUAACUCGAGCCCAGCUGAUGCUCUGCUGAGCAGUUUCUGAGCCCUGCAGAUCCAUUGACUCCUAUUAAUGCAAACCACUGUAAUUCACAGAACCCAGACAACACCUCUUGCUCGAGUUGCUUGAGUUCAUAAAAUAAAUUAUGUUAAUCUUUUAUACUGUUUUGUAUAUAGAAUUAAGAAGCACAAACUGUAAGUUACUUGGCUCUAUAUACAGCAAGUGAUUCAACUUUUUUUUUAAAUUGUGUUGCUGCCUCACAAAGAGUUGCUAUGCUUAUGCAAUGCUUUAGAUGAACAAGGCUUAUGUUGUCCCCUUGUGUUUUACAUAAGAAAUUGAUUUUGAGAAAUUUCUUUCUUUUAUGGUUGUUUUAUAUUAAUUCUUAAGUAAAUACUAAUGGAUGAAGACCAACCAUCUUAUGUUUGUUCAUCCUUCCCAAAUAGCUUGGACAAACAGGUUCCAGGCUGUAAAUUGGUCACAGGCAGCUUGCUCUGGCCACUCACUCCUAGCAUAUGUAUUUUGUUAUUAAAACCACACAUUCCCUAACAGUCAAUGCAGUAAAGAUAGGAAAACCAACUGUUAACAGAGGUGGUCACCAUUUUUUUGCAUUCACACAUAAUGCUAAUUUUGUACUCAAAUUAUUAUUUGAAGUCACUCUUACAUGCUGUUCAGUUCUGCUGUUAUGGUGCUAAAUUAAAAAGUAAUGCUGCAGGCAGCGUAACUACAUAGUUAUUUCCUGACACAAAUAGAUAACGUGAUUCUAAUAAAGUUAAUUCUUUAUAGCCUAGUUGCAGCAAAAUAUCUUCUGAGAAUUCUUAUGGGUUGCUGAGAUAAAAUGCAUGUGUACACAUUAUGCAUUUGGUGUAUAUUUAGCUUUCUUUGGACAAAAUUGUAUUUUUUAGAAUAUAUUAAAGUGUUUCUUUCCAAUGCCUGUUACAUUGCAUCACCCUCUAUAAGUGCUUUUUUGAUAUUAAUUCUUCUGUUUUGCUUAGCUCUCUCUUUUAAUAGAAGCAUCUCAAAUAUUAUCUGCUUUUAAGUCAGAAGUAAUGCAUUUACUAAUAUGGCAGACUACAAAUACUUUUACUCAAUUCAUACAAAAAUAUUAGCAGAAAAAGGCAAAACAGUAAAACAACACACUGCCUGGAUUGUUGUAAUGCAUUGCCAUUGCCAUUUCAUGGAAAGCUGGUGCUGACAGUAUAUGCAAGCAUCUGUCUUGCUCCUUCCCUGGAGCAAGGGCUGAAAGUGGAUUCAGCAAUGGGGGCAGAAGGGGCUGCAGCAGGAGGUGCUCAAGGAGAGUUUGAGGACUCCUUGAGUCUCUCUCCGCAUUGAUGAGAAAUCAUGAGCUCUCAUCAUUGUUUUCUAAUGAUUAAAGAUACUAGAAUUUCCUUAUUUUUUGUUUUCUUAUGCCAGUGUUAUCCUGACAUAAUUUAAACUGGUUACUCCUUUUCCCAUCCUGUGGUGUAUUGGAAGCUGCUUAUUGCCCUUCCUUUCGAUAGGAAAGUAUUUCUCACUUUUCUAUUUACAAUCUUCUCUUAGUUAUACUGGUCAAUUCUUUCCAUCUUUCUUAAGGGGCCAUAUUUUCUACAUCAAACAUUUUUUGUUCUUGCCAUCCUCUUCUGAACCCUUUUCACAUUGUCUUCAUCUGUCUUGAAGAGUGGUGCCCAGGACAUAAUGUAAUGGAUAAAUGGAUUUCUGAUGCUGGAUAGAAGUGAGGGGUUCCAUGCCAUGUAGAAAGUUGCUAUUUAAAAAUUCCAGUAUAAGAUUUUCUCUAAAGAACUUCUUAUUUGUAAGUUUGGUUAUCAUGGCUGAAGUUCAAAAGUACUGCUCUUUGCAUCACAGAAGCUGCAUGUUAUUAAUUUCAGUGCAUUAAGGUAAUUCUGAAUUCCAGCUCCUAUCUGCCAGCAUGCUAUUAGACUUUCCAGGCUGCUCUCAUUUGUCAGUUCAAGAAGUGCACAACCUAUUCCAUCACCCCAUCUGUUAAUGAUAAUGCUGAGUGGGAUGAGAUGAGCACGUUUUUGUCAAUGUUUGUCCUAAACCAGCACUUUGCACUUGCCAGGCAGCUGUGCUGUGGAGUAAACAGCAACACGAGCUGAGCCACGUGGAGGCAAGGGAGUAGCUUAUGGCUCCAGGUUUGUGCUUCACUGGACCUCACAGGUAACCAGGACUGGGUUGUUCAGGAGGGGAAAAACAGCCCAAAGGAUUGUAUACUUUAUAUACUAAAGUACUGCACCCUGCAAUGUAUGGCUGCAAGGCAUUAGUAGGGGAUAGGUUUGCCUUGGGACAACACUGCGGAAUAUGUGCAAGAUAUGGGUUUCUCCUAAGUUUACAGUUCUGGCUGGCACUGAUCCAUUUACAUUGAUGAAAGCAGAGAGUUUGGGCAAUAUAAGUGAAAGAACAUUUUCUCCAUACUUGGAUAAAAAUUAUUAGUCAAAAAUUAUCAGCAUGUGAAAGAAAUGCUGCUGCAUUCUGCUGAGCCACAAAUGAGAGAUGGUGGGGGAAAGGUUGCACUGGGAUAUGUGAAACAUAAAUGGAAGUUAAAAGUAUUCUGGGAAGUGAUAACACAGUUCUUUGUGUUUAAGAAUUUGAACAAAUGCGGUAUUUAGAAAGAAAAAAAUAAUCUUUCCAGCACUAUCUCCUCUCUUUGUUUGUAGUUUGCAAGACCUUGAUCUCUGUUCCUCCCCCAGGUACAAAUGUCUGAUUGGAUUAUUAAUAUUGCAUCAACUUUAAGCUUGUUUGUUUUAGCCCGGAGUCACCAAAUUUUAGUUUUCUUAAAACCAACUGUUAAUUUCAAGUGCUAGUUAGAUAGUAAGUCCAGUUUGGAAAAUCACAAAACACACAGAGGUCACAUUUUGGUUCCAAGUUUAUCUUCUGCUCUUCACCUUCCUUUCAUGUGUCCUUAUUCACAUAUCUCUUACUGUUGUUAUUAUUGGGUGAGGAAGUGGUUUUUGUUCAGUGCUAGCAGAGUAGCCAGCACAGGGAGCUUCUGGCUUGGGACACUGGGGGCUUCACCUCUACAAUUUGAAUUGCACUUUGUCAACCAGAACAGCAGUUGCUGCACUGCAUUUCACUAUUAUAGUUGUAUGUUUGUUAUCAAAAUUAUUUCAUCACUAUAGUUUUAUGAAAUUAACAAUGCAACAUCUGUAUGUAGAAAAGAUAUUUUCCUUCUGAGUACUUUUUCUCACAAAGGUCACAGCAGAAUCUGCACAAAUGCAGAACAGGGUGCCUGGGACUACAAAGGUAUAGUGCACCUAUUUCUCAUUAGCCAGGAAUAAGUACCAAACAAAAAUUAAAAUUACUUGAUUAUUUGUCAGGAAAUUUGAAACUUGCACAUGGAAAUACUCCUUCACAUGUGUACUUCAGUUAUGGAAUUCAUUGCUGCAGGUUGUGGAGUCACAGAAUCUGCAAAAAGGUUAUUAAAUGCAAGAACACAGAAAUCUUAGGAAGUCAGGAGCUAUCAAAAUUGGAAAAUUACAUGAAUAUUCUGGGGAAAUAAUUGCACUGUAAGCUUGCUUAUAAGCUUGCUUUUUAGUUUGCUGGGGUUGGUUUUUUGUUUUGUUUUGGUUUUUUGCUGAUGGUGUUUUGUUUUGUUUUUUAACGUUUGUUUCUUUUGUUCUAAUAGCUCUUCCCAAUCUUUUACUUUCUCUUUGAAACUUUUCAGCAUGGCAUGACCUACUUGGAUCUUUGACUGACUGCAGGCAUUGUUUCAUCGGUAGAAGCCAUGUGUGCUGGGUAGCUCCUAGUCUGCAACUGUUGGACCAGAGUGCUGGGAAGCUUCAAGCGUCAUUUGUUUGCAGUCAGAAGCUCUCUGAGCUCUUUCUUCAAGUUAGCAAACUCUAGACAAACAAAUUGAUUUGUGAGGAUUUUGUAAUCAGGAUGAGAGUUUGAGCAGUAGAAUGGGUGACACUGUCCAAACCACUUGUGUGUGUACUUUUUCUUCUCCUUAAGUGAUUUCAUGUAGGAAAACUUGAGAUUUGGCUUGGGUGAACAGGUCACUUCCAAUUCAUUCUUUUUUUGGAUUCAUGACAGUGUGUAGAAGGACAGUCUUAUUUACCUGUCCUCAUCAGACCAUAGUGUUUUAGACGGAGAGCCCCACAGUGAGAACAUGCCGACUCCUGGCUCUGGCUGUAUACAUAAAUCAUGCUGCAGGCCACCUCUGCCUUACAUGGGACCUCCCUUGGCCAGGCUGGAGAGAGGCUCCCUUUUUGCCCGUGUGAAUCACUGCUCUCAGUCCAAGUAAAUUCAGUUUGUCCCUGCUCUGCAGCCCUACUGCAGCCAGUCCAGCCACCCCACAUCCCCCUGGGAAGGGCAGGUAAAUGGAAAGGGGCCAGGGUGAAUUAAGAGGGGUGCUUAACUGUUCCCAGGUUUGGUCAUGAAGACUGUGGCAGUGCAUUUGAAGGCCACAAAGAGCAGUUUUGGGAAGCUGUGGGUUUUUUUUUUUGUUUGUUUGUUUGUUUUGUUUAUAGGGUUUUUUGGGUUUUUUUUUUUUUCUGUUGUAUGUAACUGUUUGUCUUGUAUUCAGCCCAGUCACAAAACAGAACAUUCUCACUGUCUGCUGAAGAUAAGAGUCCCCUGUGAUGAAAAGAAGGUUUUUUAUCUGACUUUCACGUUAGAAGUAAAUUAACAAAUAACAAAAUAAAACCCAAGGGGACACACACUCUUGGUUUUCACAGCCUUGCUCAGUCAUCUGCAGCAUGAACAGCAAGUUAUGCAUGUGGCUAGAUCUGCUUCUUUCUGAUUUUGAGUGUUCAACAUGAAAAAGGGAAGUGAAGGUACAUUUUGAGAAAAAAGCAAUACCAUAAUUUAAAAUUAAAGUUAUGUUUUGCUUUUGGAUACAUUCACAUUGAAGAGCUUUUUUCAUCAAGACUUGUUUAUGAUUAUGCUAGUAGGAGAGAUGACCAAGUGGCUAUAAAUAUCUGUCAGGAUAUAAAGGACACUCCAAUAAAAAUCAGGUCCCUACAGUGAGCCUCAAAUUUGAGCAGCAUGGCAGAAGCACAUUUAUUUCUAAGGGUGUCUGCAGCCAUGCCAGAGUUCAAGGCUCUGAGCUGAUCCAAACCUGAGGGCUCUUGCAGGCUGUGCUGUCAUCUACACUGCCAACAGACAGUUUCAUAAUCAGGUCAUACAAGCCACUUAAAUUAUUUUACUACCAAGUUAGUUACAUACUUUGAAGCCUUAUCGAGAGGGCUUCAACCAUUGUCUGAAAACCAUUGUCUGUGGUUUUUUUUCAGGGAUUUUCAAGUCUUCAUCAAGAUAUCUUUUUUCACUGAUCUUGGAGAGUUUUAGAUCUAUUGUAGUUGCAAUGGUUAGAGAGCUGAAUUCAGCUAGUGUGAGAUUAAAUUUUCUUAAAUGAAUGGAUGCAAAUGUUAUCCAUAAUAUUACCCAGUUCUUUAGGAAUUGAUCAGUUUACAGCUUUGGAACCUCAGCUAUGAGGUCCUUAAACAAGGAAUUUGGCAUGUUGGAAACACUGGAAAAAACUUUCUAAAUUGCUCUUGUCUGGCUGAUUUACUUGAUUGACUGAAGGCUGGCUGUUGCUGAAUUGGAAGGGGUGUUUGUAUAGUUGUUGCUUAGACAAUAUCCCCAGCUAGAUUUCAAGUGAGUUUGCUAACCCUGAGUGAAUUAAUGGUACUAUUAUUUCCCAAAUAGGGAGUUAAUGUUUUGUUAAGCAGAGAGUGUAAAAGGGCUCUGCUACUUCAAAGUCCUUUGCCUGCUGGGUAGGCAAUGUAAAGGUUGCCUGUCAGAGAUCAUUGCACCGGAAGUUUAUAAUUCUCUGUAUUUCACAGAAGAAAAUAAAACUGCACAAGAAAACAUACAUUAACAUAUUUUGUGAGGUUAAAAGUUCAAUAUUUUCCAGCUGUCCUUAUUUUUACUAGUUUCGCAUUCUUUCUUUCUUUGUGCCAUGAGAAAAGAUAAGAGUUUGAUUUCAUUAUGCGUGCUUAGUCUGGAUGUUUCAGGUGAAGAUAUACAGGAAUGACAAGACAAGCCUUCUUUUUCUUUUGAGAUAUAUGGAUGUGCAAGAUUUCCACAUUUGUAAAUCAAGCUGUUUGAGUGCAAAUAUGUGAAAAGUUGCUUUCAGCAUUUGGUUUGUGAUGUCCUCAUUUCCAUCUCUAGUUGUCUGCAUUUGCUGAGCACAUGUAGGUGUGUGUAAGGAGAGGAUUAUUUUCUUCUGUCAUGUUUUAUAUCAGGAAGGAAGAACUCCUUGACUUUGCUUGGUAGUUGCUUCAGUGAAGUCCUACAUUUCUUGUGGCUCAACUUUAAUUUAAGCUGAUUUGUGUAAAGCCUGAGAAAUGACAUCUGGCUGAACGGGGUAUCUAUCCCAUCACCCACAUCCUACAUCUGCCUUUUUUUAAUGAGAAAACUAUUCUUAAGGGACUGGAACAGCCAAAACCACCACAGACACCACUAAGCAGAGUAAGUCUUGCAGAGAGCAAAUGAUCCAGGGUCACAGAGGUCCUGUAGUUUUGUUUGCAGUGAAACUGAGCAUUAACUUUUUUUUCAGAAAGGGCUGGCAGGCAGAAAAGAAGUGUAUGCUAGUUACAUGUUACUUCAUUGUGUGUUAAGCUGAUGACCAGAUAGAAUUGAGUAACAUUUGUCAAUAAAUGAGACUGAAAUUUUUGUGCAAGGAGAUAAAAUUAAGAAAUAAUUCUGAAUUAAAUACUUGGAAAACCAGCAUGAGCGGUUCAUUAUGUUUUUAGUACUUCACUUAAUCUGAGUACAUUUUUUAAAAAUUGUAUAUAUUACUUGAAAUCUCUUUGAAUAAGUGCUAUUUAGUCUGUCAUUCAGGUUUUUUCACUUCCGCCCCCACCCCUCUUUUCUUUUUCCCUGUGUCUGAUUUUUUAAACUUAAUGGUAUCCUUAAUGGCUACAAAAGGUUGCAGGUUAAAAAUCUACUCUAACCGUUCGUGGUUUUAUUAAAUAUUGCCUUUUUAUCACACACAGACCUCUCAUUGAUUUACACCUUACACACUGCACCAUACAAAUGCAUCCAAAGAAGCAACUGGUGGAAACCUUGCAGUAAAAAGCACAAAAAGCUUGUGCCAUUGGACAAAACAAGCAUGUCAUCCAUUCAUUUUAUAUCUGGCAGGGAAAAACACAGUCCUGGAGAGCCAACAACACAUGAACUUCCUGACCUUUGUGCUGUGAUGGUUUCUGCCAUCAUUGAAUAGUGGGGAUGGGCUGAGGGCUAAGGAGGGGAAUCUGGGGGUUGGCCUUGGCAGUGAGAUAAGGCUACAUAAAAGGGAACUGCAGCAGGUUUGGGAACACUAUCAGGGUGUUUUCCCCCGUGUGCCGCUCAGCGAGUUUGGAUCCUGAAACCAUGAGCCAGUGCCCCUUUGCGGGGAAGAAUUACCUGUGAGUCCUUCCUCUUUCUGUUUUACUCUAUAAAUUCCAUUCAAAUGAUAAGGUGUUAGUGCAAAAUAUGAAAUCUCAGAGAGGAAUUACUUAUUAUCAGCAAAUAGACAGCUGUAGCUGUAGCUAUCAUUUAGCUGUUGCUAAAUAAGUAGAGAUCAUACAAGGACUUGUCUGAGCACUUGUUAUUUUAUGUGAUGUUACCAGCUGUUACUGUGACAAGGAACUUGAGUUUUUAUCAAGAGCCUGCUUUACUGGUUCUGUUUAUCAAAAUAAAGCAUUGACUGAAUUGUAGAUGUUAGUAAAAAGGCAGGUAUAUUCAUAAUUCUUUAAUGAAGCAACUUACAUAUUUACUUCAUUUUCUUCUUAGAUUUAAUUUUAGCAAGCUAUCUUUGGAGGAUGAAAAUAACGACAAAUCUCAAGAAGGCAUAAAUAAAGCCAGCAAAGGUGGGCUUAUCUAUGGAGAAUACCUACAACUGAACAAAAUAUUGAAUGCUCAAGAACUUGAGAGUGAGAAGAAAGGGAAAAAAAUCCAUGAUGAGCAUCUUUUCAUUGUGACACAUCAAGCAUAUGAACUUUGGUUUAAACAGAUUUUGUGGGAAAUGGACUCUGUGCGAGUGAUCUUUCAAAAUGGUCAUGUAAGAGAUGAGAGGAACAUGCUGAAGGUUAUUACUCGAAUGAACAGAAUUUCACUGAUUCUGAAAUUACUUGUGGAACAGUUCUCAGUUUUGGAAACUAUGACUGCAUUAGACUUCUUUGAUUUCAGGUACUACCUAAGCCCAGCCUCAGGGUUUCAGAGCCUGCAGUUUCGCUUGCUGGAGAACAAGAUUGGAGUUCCCCAAAGCCUGAGAGUGCCUUAUAACAGAAGGCAUUACCGUGAUAACUUCAAGGGACAGGAUCAUGAACUGCUGCUUCAAUCAGAGCAAGAACCAACACUACUGCAACUUGUGGAGGCAUGGCUGGAAAGAACUCCGGGACUUGACUCAGAAGAAUUUGAUUUCUGGGGACAAUUUGAAGAGAAUGUUUUAAAAGGCCUAGAAGAGGAAUUUGCCUUGAUACAGGCCAAAGCAGAAUCAGAAGAAAAAGAUGACUUACUGUCUGAAUUUCAAAAGCAGAGAGACAUAUUACUUUCAUUGUUUGAUGAAAAACGCCAUGAACAUCUGCUCAGUAAAGGGGAGAGGAGACUGUCCUACAAAGCACUGAAGGGGGCCUUGAUGAUCUACUUCUACAGGGAGGAGCCUCGUUUCCAGGUUCCAUUUCAGCUUCUUACCUCCCUUAUGGAUCUCGAUGUGCUCAUGACUAAAUGGAGAUAUAACCACGUCUGCUUGGUGCACAGAAUGAUUGGUGGCAAGGCUGGCACUGGAGGCUCAUCAGGCUAUCACUACUUGCGUUCCACAGUGAGUGACAGAUACAAGGUGUUUGUGGAUUUGUUCAAUCUUUCAACAUUUCUAGUGCCAAGACACUGGAUACCAAAGAUGAACCCAAGCAUUCAUAAAUUCCUUUACACAGCAGAAUACUGUGACAGCUCCUACUUCAGCAGUGAUGACUCUGACUAACCUGCCUUUCUAGGAUGUUGCUGUAAACAACCUCCUUACUUUCACCUUCAGUGGUGCUCCCAGCCAUUCCCACCAAGAUUGUGGGUGUGUAAAUAUGUAUUUAUGUAUGACAGUUUUGUGAAUAGUACAAUUGUCCUGUGGAAGAAGUUAAUUGCUUGUAGAGAAAAUAAAUCUGUAUUGAGUUAGCCUAUAUUAAGAGUAAAAUGAUACCCCCAAUUCAACCAAGGGCAAAUUUUACCCCUGGCUGGCUUCUUAAAGCCUGCGCCUAGAGAAAGGGAGAAAAUUACACACAGUUACUAUGAUCAUGACUUAUUUGUACAUAUUUUUGUAUUUGCUUGUUUGCCUAAUGGCUGCUACUAAUUUAUGACUAGUUAAGGAUAACUAGGAUAUGACUAGUUAAGGAUAAUCAAUCUCAUCACCUUCAGAAGAAUAUUAGUUUCUGAGCUCUAGUGCAAUUUCAAAAGGAAUUUUGGGUUACAAGUUUCAAAAGCUACAUUCAAAAAGUAAGUCCUGAAUCUACAGACACCAAACCAUUCUGAACUUAUAAUACAUCAAGAAUCAUGUUGCUAUCUCUACAUGUGAAUGUAAAUUCCUUACACAGAAAUACUGUUAAAAAUAGCAUAUAAGUACUUACUUUGCAUUCCAAAUAAAGCAGUAUUAAAGCUCA